AUGCUCAAGAUGUCUCUAGCGCCAACUAAUGAAAUCUUGUUUCAUUACAAGUCUUCAGUGAAAGUUGGUGAAUUGGAGAGAUAUGUAAUUACUUAUCACCUUUAUGAAGGUGAGGAAAUUCCACCAGAUUUAAAUUUAAAUUCCUUAUGGUUGAAGGUAAGGAACAUGAAUCCGCUAUCUUACAGAGCCGCAUACUUAAUGGGUCCAUUUAUGCUUUAUUGCGAUGUAAAAACUGCCGAAUAUCACCAUUCGCAAAAAAUAGUUGCCUCAGUCGAUUAUCCCAAAUUUGAACCGAAUGUGCAAACUCAACAAGAUUUCGUGGCUGAACUUUCGGUGCAUAACAUACGACAGAAAUACGUAUGGAUUGCUGAUGUGAUGAGUCAAAUAUUGUUCACUACCAAUACAAACAUCACUUACGAAGUCACCAUUGGAACUAACAGAGAGUCAGUAGAAAAUCCGCAUGAUCUGCCGUCCCACCUUGGUUCCUAUAGCCCCAAACUAACCGUGAACAGAUUAACGACUCUGGAUUUGUGGAAUCUUCCCGUUCAGAUUACUACUCCACAAAAAAAGAAGCAUCUUGUAGUUUUGACCCACGGUUUGCAUUCUAAUGUGUCGACCGAUCUAGUGUAUAUUAUGGAGCAGAUAUACAAAGCGCAAAAAAAUUAUCCCCAUGAACAAAUUGUCGUGAAAGGUUAUCGGGGAAAUGUUUGCCAAACUGAGAAGGGAGUCAAGUAUUUAGGUACUCGUUUGGCUGAAUACAUUAUCCAGGAAUUGUACAAUGAAUCCAUCCAUAAAAUUUCCUUUGUAGGUCAUUCAUUGGGUGGCUUGAUCCAAGCUUUCACGAUAGCAUAUAUUUAUGAAGUCUACCCCUGGUUUUUUCAAAAAGUGAAGCCAAUAAAUUUUAUAACUUUAGCUUCACCGCUUUUAGGCAUUGUCACAGAUAAUCCCGCCUAUAUUAAAGUACUACUUUCAUUCGGGGUUAUUGGUAAGACGGGCCAAGACUUGGGUUUGGAAAAUGAAGCUGAAGUGGGCAAACCGCUUCUCUACUUACUAUCUGGUCAGCCCUUAACAGAGAUCCUGCGUAGGUUCAAGAGAAGGACAGUAUAUGCGAAUGCCAUUAACGACGGAAUUGUCCCAUUGUAUACCGCAUCACUGUUGUUUCUAGAUUAUAAUGAUAUUUUAGAGCAAUUACAGAAACUCAAAGAGAACAGCAGAAAAUUACCUCUGAUAAGCAAUGCUACAGCACCCGGAAACCAAGAUUUCUUUAAUAAAACUUUCAUUUCGCCUUUAACUAAAAUGUUGAGUAUAUUGGCGCCACAAAAAUUUCCUACAGAAGAUGGCUCCGAGAUUCCUAAAGUAUCAUUUUUCGAAUCAGCGAGCUCAAUUCUCCUGCCACCAUUACCUGAAAGAGCAUACAUAAUGGAUCCAGAUUCAAGAGAUCCUGUAAUUAUUCAUGAUAAGAUAUACACGGAGGAUGACAUUCCACAAUCUGAAUUCAAUAUCGAAGAUGGUUUUUUUGAUAAAAAGAAUAUACUCCUCCAAGCUUUUUUUGCAGGUAAGAAAGAACGUGCGAAGUAUCGAAACCUGGAGGAGACAAUUGCUCGGAGGUGGCAUGAAGGAAUGUCAUGGAGAAAGGUAGUCGUUGCUUUAAAACCUGAUGCACAUAACAACAUCAUAGUCCGAAGGAAGUUUGCCAACGCAUACGGAUGGCCUGUAAUCGAUCAUUUAAUAGAUGUGCACUUCAAUGGUGAUGACGAUGACGAUGGCGAUGAUGAUGACGAUAUCCACUCCAUUAAAAGUGUUGAACCUAUUCAGAGCGUAACUGAAGGAACGAAAAAGUAUAAAAAAGUGGAAAAUAUUCCACAAGAAUAUGGAUGGUUAAAUAAAGUGGAAACAAACGGUGUCUUUGAUGAAGGUCCUACGGGAAUGAUAUCUACUGUUGGUGAAAUAGUAGAGGCGUUUGCUAAAAGAGGGUUUAGUGCCGUGAUAGACAGGCGAAAUACCUCCGAAGAUCCGAAUGAUGAAGUUCUUCGGUUUGAAGAAAUGAAUAGUGAUUUGGUACAGUGA